GAAAAUGGAAGAAAGCAAAGGAAGAGUGUGUGUUACAGGAGGCAACGGAUUUAUUGGUUCAUUGUUUGUGAAGAGGCUUCUGGAAGAUGGUUACUCUGUUAACACCACUGUGAGACAAAACCCAGUAGAACACAGGAAAGAUGUUAGCUUUCUUACCAGCUUAUCUGGAGCAUCCCAAAGGCUACAAGUUUUCAGCGCUGAUCUCAGCAAUCCAGAAAGUUUCAGUUCAGCAAUUGAAGGGUGUGUUGGAGUUUUUCACCUUGCUACCCCAAUUGACUUUGAACAAAGAGAACCUGAGGAAAUAGUGACCAAAAGAUGCAUUGAUGGUGCACUAAGCAUUUUGAAGGCAUGCCUCAGUUCCAAUACUGUGAAGAGAAUUGUUUACACUUCUAGUGUCGCUGCUGUGAUUUGCAAUGGCAAAGAAGAACACGUGAUGGAUGAAAGCUUUUGGAGCGACCUGAAUUAUCUUCGUUCUUCAAAGAUGUUGAAAUGGUCGUAUGCAAUCUCUAAGACAUUGACAGAAAAGGCAGUACUUGAAUUCGGAGAAAAGAAUGGAUUGGAUGUUGUGACAGUUGCUCCAGCUUUGGUUCUUGGACCCUUCAUUUGUCCUAAGCUUCCAAGUUCAGUUUCUGAUGCAUUGAAUCUUGCAUUUGGUGACAGAGAUCAAUUUGCCUUAAAUUCUCGGAUACCUAUGGUGCAUGUGGAAGAUGUGGUUAGAGCACAUAUAUUUCUGCUUGAACAUCCUGAUCCAAAUGGGAGGUACAUAAUUUCAUCAUGUAAUGAAGCUGUUGAAAGGAUAUAUGAACUUGUUUCUGCCAAAUACCCAGAGUUUCAACAACGAACAGCAGACUCGUUAAAACAAAUUGAAGGUAUCAGGCUACCAGAUUUGUCGUCAAAGAAGCUCAUAGAUGCUGGAUUCAUGUUCAAAUAUGGACUUGAAGAAAUGCUUGAUGACACAAUUCAAUGCUGCAAAGAAAAAGGUUACCUAUGAGGCAAAGAAAAACUGCGUGAUGAUUUGCAUAUAUAUUACAACAUACCAUUGGUGUGGCCGUGGAAGGAGCAAGCAUGUGGAGAAUUA